UAUUGCAACACUGACCUGAGUAGCUGUCAAUCACCCACUCAUCUAAUCCUGCCACACAGAGGGGUAGGGAUAUGCUCAGAACUGAGGCUCCUGGCCUGGGUCAUUCCUAUCAACGAAAUCUGAAAGUGUCAAAAUCCAGCUGCUUCAAAUGGCUGCCCCCUGCCCAGCACUCCCAGAGUCCUUCACCCCUGGGCCAGAUGGUGUUUAUACAGAUCGUGUGGGUUUCUACUCCUUGGACUCCAAUGUCCCUGGUCUGUCCAAGGUUAUCCUCAACAAGCUUAAAAUGAACGACUACUCCGACUACAGAGCUGCACUGGAGGGGAAGAGGAAGGGCAUCGCCUUCCGCUCCCACAAGGAGAUGUUCAAGAACAUGGAGGACACCUUCAAGUUCUGCACAGGCUGCAGGAAGCUGCCCAACCACCUCUCAGAGGGCCAAACAUUAAAGCGCUGCGUUAAGUGUCUGAAUGUGUAUUACUGCAGUAAGGAGUGCCAGAAGGAGGACUGGCCACAGCAUAAGAGGUUCUGUAAGAAGCUGCGCCUGGUGGCCAUUGACAGACUUGUGGAGUGGCUGGUGUUUACAGGAGACCUCCCCUUCCCCACAGAGCAGUGGUCUCGCCCUGCAGCUGAAGUGAAGGGCUGGGAAGACUGGCUCUCCAUGCAGGGAGAUCUAAGCCCACGUCUGGAUACUAUCUUGUCUGGGCGAAACAUGGGAGACCUGUGGGCCAAUGCUUGCAGGCCCCGCCCAGAAGAUGCUGACCUUCGGGAGUCAGUAUGGAGGGUAGCAAGCGAGUUUCUGUCCAGGCCCCUCACCCUGGGCCUGGGGCUGCGUAUUUUUGGCUUGGACCCCUACUCCCGGCCCCUCACCAUCCACCUGGCCGGAGCAUCCCACAGUGAGACCAUGGGGGCCCGACUCACAGACAUGGACGAGCUGACCCGCAUGUUCCCUGGCCACCAGGGCCUGGAGGUGGUGAUGAUUGGGCCAGAGGUGGUGGAGGGACCCAUUUUGAGGCCCCCUCUGAGGGCCUUUGGGCCCCGUGGGAGAGUCUUCAUCAGUGCCUACAAGGGCCUCUACCACCAAUUUUGGGAGGAGCUUGUGGAGACAAAGGAAGCGGCCAGGCCUGACCUCGUUGUGGGAUUCCAUCCAGGGUUUCAUGCCACCCAGGGUCUGGGAGAAGGCUGGCUCCCCACCCUGCUGCUCCUGCGAGAUUACGACAUCCCCUCAUUCUUCACUAUGUUCAAUGAGCAGGAGCUGAACUACUCCCUGCAGAUUCUUACAGAGCUGGAAAUGCAUAUCAGAGGAACUGGACCUAACCCCUUUGCAUCACUGAAACCAGAACAGGUCCAGUCCUGUCCAAACAAAACUCCAGUCUGCUGCAACUCCCACUACCUCUGCUUCAAGGGGCUACUGGAGCGGGUGGAGGAGCUGCAGGAAGAGUAAGAGUAGGGCUUAAAGCUCCCAUUAAAGCUUUUAUUGAAGAUGUGGCCAAAGCAGUCAUGGUACUUUCCUUUACUGGAUUGAAAACAUCUAACAAU